AUGGGCAACACGCCGAGUCACGAUACGUGUAUUAUUUGCACAGAUACCUACGCAUAUGGCGAUCUCUGCGAUGUUAACGGACGCAAGAUUUGCCACGAUUGUCUGCGCGCGUGGUUCGAAACAGCGCUGACCGAUGAAGGACAAUAUCCACUCAGAAUGGGCGGUGCGAUAGUGCACUUGAGGGACUACAGGGAGAUCUUCGAACCAGACUGUCACCAUUGCGGCCAGCAAGUCGCAGAAGCAGAUGAUCUUCACUGGGCCGAGCGAUGCCCGCGUUUUCCUGCGUCUGGCACAGGUGCUCCUCAGUAUGACGAAGUUAUUGAAGAAGGGGAUGAGGACGAUGCAGAUGAUGAGGAUGACGACUUCGAACGUGAGGCGGACGAAGCUUUCAUGACAGAUGACGAGAGCGAACGAAUAGUCGCCGCACUUCAGCUUAUUGGUGCCACCGCGGAUGGAUUCGACGCACUCUUGCAAGCACAGCGUACAGCCCAUAACGACUGGAUAGGGGCUACAGCUCGCACAUACGGCACAAAUGAGAGCCUUCCAUCAGUACCCCCACAUAUCGCUGCACUUGCGCGGGUACGUCACGACGCUGUGGCUCGGCUGGCCGCCGCGAGACAAACCAUAUUGCGCGCAGGCGACGAACUACGUCGCUUGCCUUAUGGUCGGGAUCGGUACAACACGGUAACUCAACAAGUAUUUCAACUUACAGGAGUCCAGUUAAACGAUUUCGACGAUUCCUCAGUGGAGGAUAAUGAUGAGCAAGAGGAGGAUGAUUCGGACAGGGAUGGUGAUGGACGUAUUGACCAUGCUCACCAACGUGUCUCAAUUGCGGUUGAAGCAUGGUUCGGGAUUAGGGACGCAUACAACUCGAUUCUCGACGAGCUCCGAAAUCUGGAAGCCCCAGCCUAUCCCGGUGCUCCCGAUGAGGCUGCUAUCAAUACACAGUACGAUGAUCUCAGACGACGACGUAAUCAAGAAUUGAACAGGCGAGAUGAGGUUCGACAGGUCAUUUUGGAUGUUAGUGACGAACUGCGUCAUAUAACCGUCGACCGCGACAACUACGUUCGUUUACAACAGGCGGUGCUCGCGGAUACAGGUAUUAUGAUUCAUGACUUCUCCGACUCUGAGCCCGACAGCGGCAUGGGGGGCGUUCCUCUUGAACCCGCUGGCGAAGAGUAUGAUAGCAGUCUGGAUGCUGAGUGGUGGACCGACGAGGAGACGGCAGCCCCAGGAAAUGUUCAGCACCAUCAGGGUAGUGGUGACAUGGACGAUGACGCUAUGGAAUUGUAA